AUGAACAUUCAAAGCAACAACCCUCAGGACCUCAGCAAUAAUAUAGUGUCUAAACAGGUUUACUACGCCCAUCCUCCAUCAACGAUAGAUCCGAAUGAUCCCGUGCAGAUAUCAUUCCCCACCACCGAGGUAGUUGGGCAUGGCUCUUUUGGAGUGGUAUUCGCCACUGUUAUUCAAGAGACGAGUGAGAAAGUUGCCAUUAAAAAAGUUCUUCAGGACAAACGCUUUAAGAAUAGAGAAUUGGAAAUAAUGAAAAUGCUCAAUCAUGUAAAUAUAAUAGACCUAAAAUACUUCUUCUAUGAAAGGGAUUCUCAGGAUGAGAUCUAUUUGAAUUUGAUUUUGGAGUACAUGCCACAAUCUUUGUACCAAAGAUUACGUCAUUUUGUCCAUCAACGCACGCCGAUGUCAAGAUUAGAAAUAAAAUACUACAUGUUCCAAUUGUUCAAGUCAUUGAACUAUCUACAUUAUUUCGCUAACGUUUGUCAUAGAGAUAUCAAACCACAAAAUUUAUUGGUAGAUCCUGAAACUUGGUCUCUAAGACUGUGUGAUUUCGGCAGCGCAAAGCAACUGAAACCUACCGAACCUAAUGUUUCCUAUAUUUGCUCGCGGUAUUAUAGGGCGCCGGAGCUGAUCUUUGGUGCCACUAAUUACACCAACCAAAUCGAUAUAUGGUCUUCUGGCUGUGUAAUGGCGGAAUUAUUAUUAGGCCAACCGAUGUUCCCCGGCGAAAGUGGCAUAGACCAACUGGUGGAAAUUAUCAAGAUCUUAGGCACCCCAUCAAAGCAAGAAAUUUGCUCCAUGAAUCCGAAUUAUAUGGAGCAUAAGUUUCCCCAAAUCAAACCAAUACCAUUGUCACGUGUGUUCAAGAAAGAAGAUGAUCAAACUGUGGAAUUUUUGACUGACGUCUUAAAAUAUGAUCCCUCGGAAAGAUUCAAUGCUUUACAAUGCUUAUGUAGCCCCUACUUCGAUGAACUUAAACUUGAUGACGGUAAAAUAAAUCAAAUUACCACUGAUUUAAAACUGCUGGAGUUUGAUGACAAUGUCGAAUUAGGACAUUUAUCACCUGAUGAAUUAUCUUCUGUAAAAAGAAAGUUAUUUCCCAAGACCAAGUAG